UAAUUAGUCCUACUUCGAGACUUGUUACCUGCUUCGCAGGGUCGACGCCAGGUCCAAAUCCCUAUCGACAGAGCUCGGAAGAUGGCCAAGGCGAAGGCUGCGAGCAGAGGAGAGCAGCAAAGGCUCCGGUCGGCACUCCUCGGAGGAUGCUUCCUGCUCUCCGUUAUCCUCCUCGUGGUCUACACUUGCUAUGUCGUCUCCUUCUCCGGCUUGACCUUCUGGCGCUCAAAUCGAGCGGUUCCUCCCGUUGCCGACGCAAAAGAAAAGAUAACUGAAGAUAAGGUAGCAAGUACCCCUCAGGAAGAUGUUAGGCGCCAAGAAGAGAAAUUACCAAGCAAUCCUUUUUGUGAUUAUUCAAACAGAAGAAAUGAUUAUUGUGAAAUGAAGGGUGAUAUUAGGAUCCAUGGAAACUCUUCCUCCAUUUUCGUUGCUAUAUCCUCCACUAAUACUACCAAAUUACAAGAAUCAUGGAAGUUAAAGCCUCAUCCUCGGAAAGGAGAUUCCAGAGCAAUGGCUCGUGUCACAGAAAUGUCAGUGAAAACUAUAUCCAGUCGCAAUGGUCCCGUAUGUGCGGUACAUAACUCAGUUCCAGCAAUAAUCUUCUCAACCGGCGGUUACAUGGGCAACUUUUUUCACGACUUCACUGAUAUACUUAUCCCUAUCUUUACGACUUCCCAACAAUUCAAUGGAGAAGUUCAGUUUCUCAUAAGUGAGAUUCUCCCAUGGUGGAAUGAGAAGUACAAAAAGCUAAUACAACCACUCACCAACUAUGAAAUCAUUGACUUCAACCAGGACCAAACAGUUCGCUGCUAUCCUCGCGUUAUUGUUGGUCUUAAAUUCCACAAGGAGAUGAGCAUUGAUCCCUAUGCGUCCCCUUAUGGUUUGUCAAUGGUUGACUUUGGACGACAUGCCAGGAAAUCUCUUGCUCUGGAGCGUGAUACAACAAUUAAACUAGGACCAGCUCAAGAUAAGAAGCCUAGACUUCUUAUCGUUGCUAGGAAGUUUACAAGAAGAUUUGCCAAUGUCGACGAAAUAGUGAGAAAGGUAGAAGAAUAUGGCUUUGAACCUGUUGUUGCGGAGGCAAAGUAUCAUGACUUGGCUGAAUUUGCCCAAAUAGUUAACUCAUGUGAUGUGAUGCUGGGAGUUCAUGGUGCUGGAAUAACUAAUCUUGUCUUCCUUCCAACUAAUGCGGUCGUGAUCCAAGUCAUUCCCUUGGGUGGAUUGGAAGGGAUAAGUUGGAUUGACUUUGGACUUGGUACCAUAAGCAUGAAGAUGCACUAUUUGCAGUAUACUAUAAGUCUCGAAGAGAGCACACUGACGGAGCAGUAUGCGAGAGGAGAUCCAGUGCUUUCGGAUCAAAAGGAAGCUUACAGAAAACAUGGGUGGGCUCAUAUGAUUGAGUUGUACUUUUUCAAACAAGGCGUGAAUCUUGAUAUGGCAAGGUUUGGCAGUACUUUAUUGCAAGCUCUCGAGCUUCUUCGUCAACAGUAAAUAUCGGUGCUACUUCAAAGUUCGCUCUGUUAAUCUGUUGACAACAGACAAUAUUAUCAUUAUGAUUAGAAGUGCCUAGUUAAUUAUUUUCAAGUCGAUUGACUUUAUAAGCUAUGAAGUUCAUUCAGUAUACUUCUAGAGGAAUAUGCUAGAUUGUUUGCAUUUGUUUCAAACCAAAAGGUUCUUAAUGCUCAUAAAAUCAAAUUCCAAUGUCA